ACAGGAGGAAAACUCAGAGGGAAGUGGCCUCUCACCAAAACCGUUUACGCCCUCAAUACUGGCCAGAUUGAAACUGCCACUCCGAGAAGAGAGGCCCAGACCCAGAACUCCCACCUGUGUGAGGCCCUGAAGCCCCUCAUGAAUCCCCGAAAGAAAGUGGACUUGAAACUUAUCAUCGUUGGUGCACUUGGCGUGGGAAAGACCUCUCUCCUUCACCAGUAUGUACACAAAACAUUUUUUGAGGAAUACCAGACCACGCUGGGGGCCAGCAUCCUCUCCAAAAUCAUCAUAUUGGAUGACACAACUUUGAAGCUACAGAUCUGGGACACAGGUGGUCAGGAACGGUUCCGCUCAAUGGUAUCAACAUUCUACAAAGGUUCCGAUGGCUGUAUCCUGGCAUUUGAUGUUACUGAUCCAGAGUCCUUUGAAGCCCUGGAUAUCUGGAGGGAUGAUGUCCUGGCAAAGAUCAUCCCUAUGGAGCAGUCAUAUCCCAUGGUGGUGCUGGGGAACAAAAUCGAUCUGGAAGAUAGGAAGGUGUCCCAGGAGGUGGCCCAUGGAUGGUGUAAAGAGAAGGAUAUGCCAUACUUUGAAGUUAGUGCGAAGAAUGACAUCAAUGUAGUACAAGCCUUUGAGGUUCUGGCCAGCCGGGCUCUGCUGAGGUACCAGGGCACCGCAGAGAACCAUCUUGUAGACUCCAUCAAGCUCUCUCCAGGCCAGCCAAAGAGCAGAUGCUGCUGAUCCUGCCCUCCCUCCGGACUCCCGAUGACAGCUGUGCAGCUAUUCCAAGCUCAAUCCCACCAGCUGGUACUCAGUUAGGAGGCUGAGGCACUGCAGCAGGAAGAGAAUGUCACAGGCAAAUCCUGGCCCCAGAGAAAUCACGGGUGUCUCAAUGACUCAAGCUCCUCUUUCUCCUCCGCCCCAGCACAGCCCUGCGCAUCUCUGCAGACAAGCUGCUCCCUUCGGCACCACGGACCUACAGGUUUGGAUGGAGAUGCAGCUCUGAUUCCCUCAGCAGCCAGGACAUGGACCACUCCUGACUGGCAGAAGCCUACCGGCUGAGACUUCCCACAGCUUCUUCCAGGGAGAGCUGAGGGAACAAGAUGAAAACAGUUGCCCCUGCUUCCUGGGUGCUCAAACAGCUCCCAUAACUGACCAGGCCUCAGUGUGCCCUCUGCCAAAUGAGAGUUCCUAAGGCUUCCCCAUAUCCUAGGACGAUUUGAGAACCAUAAUCUCAUUUAACUCUCACGUGCUGGUGCGGACACACAUGCUCACUCCUUUGGAGAAUGUUUUUGAUGCUUUCUGUGUACAUUGCACUGAAGUCACCAGACACACAAAGCAGACACGAGCCCUUCACUCCCAGAGGCGCACCUGGAGAGAGAGGGCCAGCAGACACGACCAGGACAGAGGACAGCAACGAGGUGCUGUUUUAGACAAAGGGGCCAAGAGAGCUUUCCUGUGACGGUGACCGCUGGGCUGACAGCUGCGGUAAGAGCUACCGGAAGAGCAUGCCAGGAGAGGGAGCAGUCAGGCCAAGGCUCUGAGGCAACAGGCAGGGUGCUGCAUUCCAUUCCCUGAGUACUUAAAGCUGCUGUCUCAGAGAAAAAAAGGCCAGGGAUGUCCUGUCCCUAGA